AUGGCUCCCAACUGCGAGCCACUCUGUGUCUUUGGUGACAGGCUUUAUUUCACCACUUUUCCCCAUCCUCCUCCGCCGCCGCACGCUCUCAACAAGCAGGACUCGGAACAUGGCAAUCAGCCGCGCAUUCGCUCACGGCCGAAGGGCAGCUCUUCUGCAAGCACUUCUGACCAUUAUGCAUCCUACUACUAUUUCACGAUCGACGACCAGCUUCUCUAUCUAUCCUUCUUUCAAGACUGGGGCCCUCUGAAUCUUGCCAUGGUAUACAAGGCGUGCAUCCUCAUACAUGAACUCCUCGAGGAUAAGGAUUUGGCCUCGCAUAGAUUGGUCCUCUACUCAUCGGAUGACCCUAAGAGAAAGGCUAACGCUGCUCUUCUUAUGGCAUUAUAUGUGAUGAUUGUGCAACGUCGAGCACCAUGGGAAGCCUUCCAUCCAAUAGCGGAACUAGAGUUCAUGCCAUUCCGAGACGCAGGGCGUGGUCCUUCUGACUUCAAUUUGAGUAUACAAGACUGUCUCUGGGGACUAUGGAAGGCUAUGCAACACGGCUUAUGCGACAUGAACGAAUUUAGUGUGGAAGAUUACGAAUAUUACGAAAAGGUGGAAAAUGGUGACUGGAAUUGGUUAACACCAAACUUCAUUGCUUUCGCAUCACCCGUCGAUACCAACUGGAUAAAACGCGAGAAAGAAGCCAAAGAAAGUACCAAUUCCUCCAAUCCCGGUUCCAUCUCCCGUACCCCUUCCUCAUCUGGGUCCAAUCUAGCUCUUCAGCGAAAACUUCCCACACCUUACCUCAACUGCUUGGACUACUUCGAAAAGCGAAAUAUCAAACUCGUCGUGCGGUUAAAUACCGAACUUUAUGACCGGAAUACCUUUUUGGACCGGGGAAUUGAUCAUAUGGAGCUUUACUUUGAUGAUGGGACGAAUCCCACAGAUGAAAUUGUGCGGACCUUCUUGGACGUCGCCGAUCGCAUUGUAGAAAGUGGUGGAGUAGUUGCCGUUCAUUGUAAAGCAGGGCUUGGAAGAACGGGUACCCUCAUCGGCGCUUAUCUGAUAUGGAAAUACGGAUUCACAGCCAAUGAAGCCAUAGCCUUUAUGCGUAUAGUACGACCUGGUACUGUUGUGGGACCCCAACAACAAUACAUGUACCUCAAACAAUUAGAAUGGGCGAAAUGGGCUGCUGUAGACGAAAUCAAGAAAGCUCAAGCUCAGGCGCAGGCUGCCACUUCACCAGUACCUAUCCCUAUCGUUACUCCUGCGACACCUCCUGCAGAAGCCGAUGAUGAUGCGGUCAUGCAGACAACUCCAAAAUCGCAGAAAAUAGCGCUACCGCCAGUGACACCCAGUCGUCAUGUUGCUGCCGCUGCUGCGCAGGCCAAGGCAAUUGCACCUCCAGGACAGCCUCGUAAGACACCAAACGCGAAGCGUGUCGCUCAAGAUUCCGAUGACGAAGAUGAAGACGAAUCGUCUGACGUUCUGCCGGCACUGGGUAUCGCUCCACCGACGCGCAAAGUGAAGACCGUACCUUCACGGGGUGUUACUGCCUCUGAUCAGCGUCCAUCGCGUGUCACACGAUCAACAGCAAACGCAUCUGUUAUUCAAAAGGCUGGGACAGGGGCAGCCGCCCCGGAUUCGCCGAUCAAAGCAUCCCGUCAAGGUCCCAACAAAAUACCGAGACUAGCUACAACGAAGACUACCUCAGCAGCGAGGGCAUUAGCUGCUGCGAAUGUACAACAAAUUCAACCUAGAACGUUGCGUAACAACGCCAAUGCGGUCCCUCCUACUCCCUCUCGCCUACCAACCCUUGCAGGCAAACGAGCGCAUACCCAGAAUUCUUCUUCCUUGACCGAUGUUGCAGCUAUCAAGCCCAGCGCUGACAAGAAAGCCAAUGCUGAGGGAUGGGUACCUAACAACGUAGCUUCUGUUGUAGUACCUGCUUCCAAAUCCGAGCGUCCCGGCUUGAGAAGCGUCCGACGCAGGCGAAGUAGCUUCAGUGCUGCUGACGUUGUGGCAUAA